GGGCCCAGAGUCGUAGUGCGGGGACACAGAGAUCCGGGCACAGCCGCCGGUCCUUCUGCGGGCCUUGCCGCCUCCGCCGGGGGCUCAGGCGCCCGCGGCCAGUCGGCAGUCGGUUCCCGGCGGCGCCCCCGCCUCCCCGAGCAGGUAGAAGAUGACAGAAUACUCGAGGAAGUCCUUCAAGGACAGUCUGAGAGGCAUAAAACAGCGUAUGAGAGAGAAAAGAUAUCAGAAAUGGGCAAGGCUGGGUAAAACUAUCGAGUUCUCCACCGUAAAGGCCAAAAGAGCAACCAACAGCUCCUGCAAAAUGAAGAUCAUUCAAGCAAACAACAGAGAUCUAGCUCUGUCUUUGCAAGAAGAAAAGCUCAAACUGAGGGAAGCCGAAGCUACCAUUCUUCAGUUAAGGAAAGAUUAUCUCAAUUUGAAGGCUCAGAUGUUUGACUUGCAAAGAAAUCAAAGGUUCCAGCAAGAACAACGACUUGUGGAGAAUCAACUGUCAGCCUUGAAUGAGAUAAUUUCCAAAGUCUCUCAGAAUUUACUGGACUCAAUUGAUCUCCUUGGCCCAGCAAAGAAUUUGUGUUCCAUAGACAUGAAUCAAAGAGUGCAUUCUUCAGGUCCUGGAAACAGUUGCUGCAGUGUCACAGGACCAAUAGGUUCAACGCCUCUGCAGUGUGCUUAUGGAGAUGAUCCAGUGCUUCCAAGUAGGACAGAAGACAGUAGUGAUAGAAAUUCUUGGUCAAAGACCUGUGUGGAAUCUGACAGUGACAUUUCCUUAACCAAAAUAAUUCCAAACAAAGGAUGGACUUUUGAUAUCCGUCUGGACAACACAGAAUCAGAACUGCAAAACAUUUCUUCAAAUGGAAAGGCUGGAUUUGGUAGUGUGUUACCAAAAAAUGUGUCCACCAGACGUUGCUUUUCAAAGAUGAGAAACCUCAAUGGAAUUUGCACUGGUGUCUUGGACCACUCAGAAGCACCUGAUUCAAUAGAAGAACUUUCUGAAGAGAAAGAAAUUAGGCUUGAGGAAAGUCUAGAGGAGUGUGCUACGGACAAUGUAAAUGCAGCUAUUUCUCACUUGAAUGAAAGCAAGGUAGAUUCAGAGCACGUGUUGAGGCCCAGAAAUUCUGAAACUGCACAGUUCAACUUAAAACAUAAUUCUAAUCUUAAACAACUUGAGUGUAAAAGCAGACAAAACUCUCAAGGAAGGAAAGAGAAGCGCCAGAAGAGAGUACUGAAACAGCCUAAAAAUACUUCCCAACAAGGACCAGGAAAACAGGAUAAAGAGGCUUCCAAAAAAAAGCUGAAUUUCUUGGGUGGCAUCAGUGAUGCUUAUGACUUUCAUUUGGAAGAGGGUGUCCAUGUUACACCUUUUCGACAAAACAAGGUGAAUGACAGAGAUACUGCUGUGGAUGACACAGAAGACUCAGAUGCAACUGAUUCCAUCGAGUCAAGCGAUACUGAAGAUGAUUUAGACGACAGUCUCUAUGAGCCUUACAAAUCAAAGAAAAGGCGAAGUUCAGCAGACAAUAAUGUUACAUCGCCAAUCCAUCCAAGGCCAAGGUCUAAAAGAUGUUUGGCACAGUGUGAGCAGAAAUUCUGUCGUGAAGAAGAGACUGAAAACAACAAAUCAAGUGACAAGUCUAUUAGGCAGCCUUCUGAGCCACCUCGUGGGCAUCUCUGUGAUGUUACCAAUACCACUGCAUUGCUCCCCAGCACUGGGGAUGCAGCACCUGUCCCAGAAGGAGAAAGACCACAGUCUCCAAAACGCAAGCGAAGCUGUACUGCUACCGUGAGCUAUAAAGAACCAAGUAUUGCAGGGAAGCUCAGGAGAGGAGAUCCAUUUACAGAUACACAGUUCCUGACGUCUCCAAUUUUCAAGAUGAAGAAAAAAUGCUAAAUGAUGUUCUCCUAAGAAUGAAUCUCUGAAAAAAGACAAUGAGAAAUUGGUUACCUGUUAUUUGAGAUUUUCAGCAAAACCAUGCUCGUGCCAUGAGGAAAGGAAAUCUUUCAUCCAAAUUGCUGUUUCUCAAUACCUUAUAUAAGUAUGUGAAUAUUUGUGUAUCUAAUAUUAAGGGUAUCAGAUUAAGGAGGUAUAAAUUUCAUCUAGUGACUUGUUUUUAAUGAUACGGAUCGAUUACUUUUAUAACUCUUCAAGCUCUUUUUGACUGGAUCUGGGAGUGUAUGAGAAAUCUGAUGGAUAAGACGCUGAAAGUCAUGUUAUGACUUGUAGUCAGUAAGGCUGAACUUUAGGCACUUGAGAUGUUUUGUGCAGGGAGUCUUUUUAAUAACAGUUUUUGUACAGAUGUUGUUUAUGUGGUGGUUGUAGUUUCAUAUUGAAUCUUUAUAAUAAAUGUCUUAGUGUUUGGAAGCA